AUGAGUGAAAAUCCUUUCGAUCUUAACAAUCCGGCCAACAAUGCCGCCCAGGAGGCUCUUUCGAAGCCUACGCCUUCGAUGGAGUACUGCACUAAAAGCGUCGAAGAGAGUGUACAAUCUCUAGGGACGAGCGCGAACGAGGGAUUGGCCAGCAUUUCAGAAGCUAACCAGAGGCGAUCUCUUUAUGGCGCGAAUGAGAUAGAAGCGGAAGAGGAUGAUCCACUGUGGUGGAAGUUUGUGACAACAUUUGCUGGCGAUCCGUUGAUUUUACUACUUAUUGGGUCAGCAGCUGUCAGUUUUCUGAUGGGCAAUAUCGAUGACGCCAUGAGUAUAACUCUGGCAAUUUUCAUUGUUGUCACUGUUGGAUUUGUUCAGGAAUACCGCUCGGAAAAAUCUUUGGAGGCCCUCAACAAACUAGUCCCUGCCGAAUGCCACCUUGUCAGAUGCGGCCAGGAAUCCAAGGUUCUGGCCAGUGUGUUAGUUCCUGGAGACUUGGUAUAUUUUGGGGUCGGAGAUAGAAUCCCAGCUGAUGUUCGAAUCAUCGAAUCUGUUGACCUUUCGAUCGACGAAAGUAAUCUAACAGGAGAAAACGAACCCGUUCAAAAGACGUCCAUGGCAGUAGACAAAACGGCGUUUAGCAACAAUCCUCGCUCAAUUGUACCGGUUGCUGAUAGACAUUGUAUUGCUUUCAUGGGUACAUUGGUCCGAGAAGGUCACGGGAAGGGCCUCGUGAUAGGAACUGGCAAAAAUACUGCCUUUGGUGCCGUUUUUGAAAUGAUGAACUCCAUCGAUAAACCCAAGACACCCUUACAGCAUGCAAUGGACAAACUUGGAAAAGAUCUUUCUUUCAUGAGCUUCAUUCUAAUUGGUCUUAUUUGUCUAAUUGGUAUUAUACAAGGCAGAUCUUGGCUUGAAAUGUUCCAGAUUUCGGUUUCCUUGGCUGUUGCUGCUAUUCCGGAAGGUCUUCCAAUUAUCGUUACUGUUACUUUAGCUCUCGGGGUUUUAAGAAUGGCUCAAAGAAAAGCUAUUAUAAGAAGGCUACCGAGUGUUGAGACUUUGGGGUCUGUCAAUGUCAUCUGCUCUGAUAAAACGGGAACCUUGACAGCAAAUCAUAUGACGGUUGCUAAAAUUUGGUGUUUGGGCAGCAUGUCUUCAAAGUCAAAUGCCCUAAAUCUAGCCAAAAUCGGAAAUCAAACACUUAAAAAUUAUCUUUCUGAAGACGUCAAGGCCACCCUUCUUACAGGCUCUCUAUGCAAUAACUCGGCCUUCUCCCAGGAGCAUGCGAAGUAUAUUGGAAAUCCUACUGAUAUUGCCUUAAUGGAAGUUUUACCCAAAUUUGGUUUGUCAGAUCGCAGGUCCGAGUUACUCAGAACUGAUGAAAUUUCUUUCAAUUCUAAACGGAAACUCAUGGCUGUUAGAAUCAAAGAUCCUUCUUCGAAUGGUAAAACGGUCAUCUACGUCAAAGGAGCCUAUGAAAGAAUCCUUGAAAAGUCUUCGCACUUCUUAAAUUCCGAGGGCAAGAUUCAAAAGUUAGACAAGGCUCAGAGAGAUCUAAUUAACGAUAGCGGAAAUGAGUUAGCUUCAGAAGGUCUCCGGACUUUAGCAUUCGCUCAAGUUGAUGGCAGUAAUAUCUCAGGAAAGAAUUUGAGUGAAGCCGAUGUUCAAAAACUCGUUUUCACCGGCCUUGUUGGCGUUAAUGAUCCCCCAAGAGCUUCGGUAAAAUCUGCAAUCGAAACGCUUGAGGAAGGUGCAGUCCACAUAAUUAUGAUAACUGGUGAUGCAGAAAACACUGCUAUCAAUAUUGCAAGACAAAUUGGUAUUCCAGUUGUAAACCCCGAAAUUUCAGUGCUCACCGGUGAUAAACUCGAGAAUAUGAGCGAGGACCAACUGGCGAACGUUAUAGAUCAUGUUAAUAUCUUUGCUAGGGCGACUCCUAUGCAUAAGCUCAACAUUGUUAAAGCGUUGCAAAAGCGAGGUGACAUCGUUGCAAUGACAGGUGAUGGUGUCAAUGACGCCCCUGCAUUGAAACUUGCGGACAUUGGCGUUUCAAUGGGGAAAAUGGGCACCGAUGUGGCAAAGGAAGCUUCUGAUAUGAUAUUGACCGAUGAUGAUUUCAGCACCAUUUUGACUGCCAUUGAAGAAGGAAAAGGUAUUUUUAACAACAUUCAGAACUUCUUGACAUUUCAGCUGUCAACUUCCGUGGCUGCUUUGUCUUUAGUGGCUAUUUCCACAGCCUUCAAACUGGCGAACCCACUUAACGCUAUGCAAAUUUUAUGGAUCAAUAUACUGAUGGAUGGGCCACCUGCUCAAUCAUUAGGCGUUGAGCCAGUAGACCAUGAAGUUAUGAAGAGACCACCACGUAAGCGGACUGAUAAAAUCUUGACCCCAGCAGUUUUUAAAAGACUUUUGAGCAGCGCCGCCUUUAUCAUUGUUGGUACGCUUUACGUUUUCGUUAAGGAAAUGACUGAAGAUGGCGAAAUCACAGCAAGAGAUACUACGAUGACUUUUACAUGCUUUGUUUUCUUUGAUAUGUUCAAUGCACUUUCCUGUAGACAUGCAACAAAGUCUAUUUUCGAGAUCGGUAUUUUCAACAACAGUAUGUUCAAUUACGCAGUGGGUCUGUCCCUGUUGGGGCAAUUAUGUGCCAUUUAUGUGCCUUUCUUCCAAAGAAUUUUUAAGACCGAAAGCCUUACCAUGGGGGACCUCGUUUUCCUCUUGGUCAUAAGCAGCACAGUGUUUGUGGCUGACGAAGUGAGGAAAUGGUUCGCCAAGAAAAAUGAUAAGGACGACCCUUACCGCCACUCAAUCGUUUGA